GUUAUCCUCAAAAACAUAAAAUUGUUCCUUCCCAAGUUCUCUGUAACAGCUACCAUGUGGGCAGCAACCGUCUCCUUUCCCUCGCCACUCUUUGCAAAUUCUCCGACGAAUUACAGAAACCACAGAAGCUUGAAGCUGAGAGCAUCUGUCUAUAAUUAUCCUCUGGCGAGCAAAAUCAUGGUUAAAAAUUUGCCAUAUUCUACUCAGGAAAGUAGUUUGCAGAAGGAAUUUUCAAAGUUUGGCCAAGUAGCUGAAGUUAAGCUUGUCAAGGAUGAAUUUACAAAAAGAUCCAAAGGAUAUGCAUUCAUUCAAUAUACAUCUCAAGAUGAUGCAAUUCUUGCCCUAGAGAAUAUGGAUCAAAAGAUAUUUGAUGGCAGAUUGAUCUAUGUUGAAAUUGCAAAACUUGGGAAGGAAAGAUUCCGAGUAGAUCCAAAAACCUCAGGACCCCCAAAGAAACAAUCCCAGCAAGAACCAGAUAUGGUGGCAGAUUGCUGGUACUAAUGGAAUCCCUUCUGACUACAACCAAUAGCAUAUAGGGAAAAUGGAAAAAGAGGGGAAAUGAUGGCAUUAUGUACCAUAGCAAGUUCAACUAGAAUUAUCUAGUUGAAAAAUUCAGCAGAUAUAUGUAUGAUCUUUACAUCAUAGUUUACAGUUUCUUAAUUUGCUUGAUGCCAUACCUCAGGAUUUUUUUGUAGCUGGGUUUCCUUCAAACAUCUUAUUUAAAGAUGGUAUAGCAUUUGCAAUGUAAUUUGAUGGCUAUUCAAUAUAUUGUAAAGAGUUUUCUUCAUCCAUGAGAGAGAAAUAGCAAUCUUGUUAUGGUUUUCAAGCUAAUUACAUGCAGGUGACUGUCUCUACCGCAGGUGUGGGAUUAAAAUGAAGAUGAUGUUUUCUUUCAAAUCAUCAAGUGGAUGCAGCAAAUUUGUUGGUGAAGGUGGUUUCUGGACCUACCAGCCUAAUAGCAUGUCCAAUAUCAGUAAGACUAAAUAUUUCUCUUCUCUAAGAUAGCAUUAUAUAAAUUUAUAUCUUCUCUUGUUUGUCUUUUACUCUUUUGUGCCCAUACUGCAUGCAGAAUUCUUUUGAUUUAUGUCCUUUGAUGAAUAGUGGAGGUAGGUUUCAUCAUGCCCUAUGCUGCUUCAA